UUUAUUGAAUCGAAAUUGAACAAUGGCACGGUGAAAAAAGCGGAGCCUAAUUCCUUGGAUCCUCUUCCAACUGGGAGAUUCAAUUGAAGCAAUGGUGGAAGAUCACCAUCAUCAUCAUCAUCAUUAUUUACCUGUUCAUGUUCCUUCGAAUCCCUCAAUGGUUGUAAUCCGAAACGCCUUCGAUUACGACGCCACGGGUGACUGCUCCGUCUUCCCACCUAUCAACCAUGAAAACCUCCCUCAAUCACCGCCUUCAUCUCCCUCCUCCUCCUCCUCCUCUUCUUCUUCUUCUUCUUCUUCUUCUUCUUCUUCCCACGAUUCUGACACGUGGCGUCUCAAUUCUUCGUGUCCCAUCGAUUCCCAGCUCGGCAAGCGCAGCGACUUCGUUAGAUUGGUUUCCAUCGGCAUCGACAUCUUGCGUUCCAAGCUUCUCACCUUCACCUCUUCUUUUAGAAUCGCUGCUUCCACCCGAGGGGCGUUUUGGUCAAUUUGGAUGCCCGCUGCGGCGGUGCUGGUGUCACUCUGGAUAAUCAUCCGGAGGAAAAGAAGGAGGAGGAGCUUCACGGACGGUGAGAAUCGUUUGUUGGAUAUCAUUCAGGAGAAAGAUGAGAGGAUUUCCCAACUCUUGGACCAGAUUGGACAAAUGAAUGAAUUACUUAUAGCUCGUUACAAAGCUUUGGCUGCAAAAGGGACUGAAUGAUUAAGACCUGUGAUAUGGUAGCUAUUGAAUUUGUGUGAGUCUCAUCAUUAAGAUGAUAUCCUUUUUUUUUUUUUUCCAAUUCCAUUUUGAAAUACCACUAGUAGAUUUUGCAUGGCUUUACGCCAAGCUGUAAAUUAAGGACAGAAAUUCCUGAUUCUUAUUCCUACUAGAGCAGAGUGAUUGAACAUCCAUGCCCAGAAGUAGCAUCUCAAGCCUAAUCAGAGAGAAUAGCCAUUGAAUGAACUGCCGGAUUUUGGGUUAUAUCUGUGAUGCAUGGUGGUCCGCCCAGCCCAAUGAAUAUGCCGCAGUCUGCCAGAUUCGUGAAUGACUAGCUCAGUUGGGAACCACGGAAUUUAUCAGGAAAGCUAUAAAACACUCUUAACAGUAGUAAAAUACUCAUGGUUAGUGAGUUGUGUUUUGAAGCCCUUGAUGUUAAUGACUCCAGCAUCCUUGGCUUAGCUAAGGAAAGUCCCAAACGAAAACUUUGUACCUUUAACAGUCCUGUAGAAUAUUAUUCUUUUUU